GGUACCCCGGAAGCAACCUCAGCAAAAGUUGCUAACAUGGCAACUUGUUCUGAUCCCCAAUGUUGCCUGUGAACACAGUGGGAUAAAACCACUGACAACUGACUGUAUCGCGAGCAAAAAGGGAUUUCAACAGUGUCAGGAUGUUUUCACGUCAAAGAUCUCUGAGGGCGACAUGAAGUUUGCUUAGCUUGCUUCCUUAUCAGCCUGGAGAAAUACGGAACCAGAGGCUAGCUAACGUAAUGGACUGUUUCUGGGGUGAAAACCGCCGAUAAUUUACAAAAAAUAAUAUUUCAGACCAAAUGAUGCGAUUUCAUCAAUCAGAGAGUGACUGCUGAAGAGAUAUCUGAAGAAAGAGACGAGCAGCGACUCUGUGAAUGUGAAGAGCUGAAGUGUCUGGACUCAGAGCAGGUCUGUAGUUUUCAUUGUUUAGACGUGAAGUGCGUGAAAACUAGUGGCUGUGAUAUGUCUUUGAAGCAGAACUACGUUAAAGCUGACAGGACUCUGUGUGUGGUGUCAUUUAGUUAGUGAGUAAGUCAAGUUUAUUUAUAGAGAUUCACAGAUAAAAAUCACAACAUACAGCACAUAAGAUAAGUGCAAUUAGAUAAACAUAAAACGGUACAAAAGAUAAGUACAUAUACAGUGGAUAUAAAAAGCUGACACACUCCUGUUCAACUGCCAGGUUUUAGAGAUGUAAGAAAAUGACAGCAAGAUAAAUAUUUCCCCAUUUUUUCCUCCUUUAAUGUGACCUAUAACCUGUGCAGCGCAAUUGAAAAACAAACUGAGACCUUUAAGGGAAAAAUAAAAAACAGAAAAAGUUAAAAUGAUCUGGUUGCAUAAAUAUUCACACCCUUAAACUAAUACUUUGUUGCAACUCCUUUGGCUUUUAUUACACCACUCAGUCUUUUUGAGUAAGAGUCUAUCAGCGUGGCACAUCUUGAUGUGGAAAUAUUUAUCCACUCUUCUUUGGCCUCUUGGUAGCCUCCCUGACUAGUUUUUUUCUUGUCUAAUCAUCAAUGUUCCAUAUUUUCUCCACUUGACGAUGACGGUCUUCACUGUGUUCCAUGGUAUAUUUAAUUCCUUGGAAAUUCUUUUGUAGCCUCACCUGACUGAGAUCUUUGAAUGAUGAGAUCCCUCUGAUGCUUUGGAAGCUCUCUGGGGACCAUGGCUUGUGCUGGAAGAUGUGUCUACAAAAAUGUCAGGAAAAGCCAUUAGAACAGCUGAACUUUAUUUGGGGUUGAUCCGAGGCACUUUAAUUGGUGACAGGUGUGUGCUGACUCCAAUUUAACCUGAGUUUGAAUGUUAUUGGUUAAAUCCGAACACAGCCACAUCCCCAGUUAUAAAAGGGUGUGCACACUUAUGAAACCACAUGAUCUCAGGUGUUUAUUUUUAUUUUUAAUUCUGAGUUAAUUGUUAUUUGCAAAAAAAUAAAGUUUAUGUGUUUGAACAUUAAAUAUCUUGUCUUUGUAGUGUAUUCAAUUGAAUAUAAGUUGAAAAGGAUUUGCAAAUCAUUUUAUUCUGUUUUUAUUUACGAUUAUCACAAUUUCCCAACUUCAACAGAAUUGGGCUUUGUAUUGGAUUUUGAAGUUCAUUUCCAUUCAAGUCUCCGUCUCUCAAAACUUGUUUGUAUCCUUUGAUUGUCUGCAGCCGUGUGUGAGUAAAAUGGAAGUUCCCUCUGGGCAGCAGGAGAGGCUCCUCAGUCUGGACCAGGAGGAUCCAGCAGAAGAACCUCCACCAAUCAAGGAGGAACAAGAGGAACUCUGGAGCAGUCAGGAAGGAGAGCGACUUAAAGCACUUGAGGAGGCUGAUAUCAGGAUGGUAAUAUUCACUCCUGUACUUGUGAAGAGUGAAGAUGAUGAUGAUGAUGGAGAAGAACCUCUGUCCUCGCAGCUUUGUGAAAACCAGAACGAAGAGGAUGGAGACACAGGGCGCUUAAAAACAGAAACUGAUGUAGAGGACUGUGGAGGAUCAGAACCAGAUGGGAACUUUCACCCAGACAGUCCUUUACAGCGAGUUACUGAUGGCGAGACUUCACUCUCUGAAUCUGAGACUGAUGACAGCUGUGAAUGGGAGGGGACCAGUGAACCUCGGUCAGGUUCAAACCCUUUGCAAAAUGAAGAUGAACAUGUAACUGAUGAAGACUAUAGAUUAGGAACAAUAUCAGAGAACCUUCUGGAAUGUGCUACAAACUCUGGCCAAAGGGAAAAUCUUCAGAAACACAUCAGAAUCCACCCAGAAGAAAGACCGUUCAGUUGUUCAGUUUGUGGUAAAAAAUUUGGCAAAAAGAAAAAUUUAUCAGCUCAUGUGAUCCGUCACACCAAAGAAAAAGAUUUCAGCUGCUCAUUCUGUGAGAAGAAAUUUCAAAGAAGAGCAGAACUGGAGAGGCACAUGAGGAUCCACACAGGAGAGAAACCCUUCAGUUGUUCGGUUUGUGGCAGAAGUUUCCGUCACAAAUCUCACUUAGUUGUUCAUAUGAGAACCCAUACUGGUGAGAAACCGUUCAGUUGUUCAGUUUGUGGGAAAAGAUUUACAGAGAAUAAAGUGAAGGAACAUAUGAGGAGCCACACUGAAGAGAAACCCUUCAGUUGUUCCAUCUGUGGUAAAAAUUUCACACAGAAGUCGAAUUUGUACUCGCACCUAAAAGUUCAUACUGGAGAGAAACCCUUCAGCUGCUCUAUCUGCGGUAAAAGAUUUACACGGCACACAGGUCUGACAUGGCACUCAGUUGUGCACACAGGGGAGAGACCGUUCAGUUGUUUGUUCUGUGAUGAAAGUUUCGCCCAUCGUAAAUCUCUCAAACGUCACUUGGCUGUCCACACAGGGGAGAAACCGUUCAGUUGUGAUGUCUGUUACAAAAGUUUUGCUCAACUUCAGCGUCUCGAAAAACACAAGUGUGUUGUUGAGAGCAGCACAAAUAAAUAAAGCCACAGAGACGAUGAAGACAAACUAAAGUCAGCACAGCACUUUGGUGUCUCAUCCAUCAUUAUUCCUUUUCCUGUUUUUAAACCUGUUCUACAUGUUUUUAAUAUUUUGGCAUUCCUUUCUCUGGUAUUUAUAAAACUAUUCAAGUCAAAUUUGAUUAAUAUAAAAGUAUUCAAUGUAACCCACACAGUUCUGGUCACAUUGGUUUUGAUUUUUAAAAUUACAUUAUGGCAUUUCCUCCUCAGUACUAUAGAGUAUCCAUAAUCUAACAGAAUCUCUUGGUUAUGUAUUUACUCUUGAAAUCUAUACUUUCAAUUCCUUCCUGGUUUAUUGUACUCCCAACUGUUAUGUAAGAGUUAAUUAAAUGCUCUGAUAUUUCAUUGGUCUUAAUUUAUGUUAAAAUGUUUGUUUGUUCAAUCUGUUUAAUUUAAAACUUACAUUGAAUUACUUUUAGGUCAAUUUUGAGCCUCUCAUGCAGAGUGAACAUAUUUCAAGGCAGAAAUUUGGUUAAAGUGACUCAUUCUGGCAUUGCGAUGCUUUUCACAAAUCUGUUUCAAGGUGGAGUUUAUUUUGACAAUCCUCCUGUCUGUCCAUUUUUCUCUGUCUUACCUGGUGCUUAAAUUUGGCAGCAAUGUUCCCUGUAAAGGUAUAAUAAAAUCACCUCCAAAUGUGUGCACAUUUGGUACCGUCAGUGUAUAUUCUUACUUAUUUAGAUACAUGUCUCCUGGUCCAACUGUGUGACUCACGAAUGCUCUUGUCAUGAUAAAUGUGCUUGGUCUUUUAAGGAGGUCUCUCAGCUGCCCAGUCUUAAGAAAGAGGAUAGACUUAGGCUGAAAGGAUGUAUCAUCCUGUUUUUGUUCCAAUAACAGUUUUAACAGGGCGGGAAUUUGUAGAAAUAAACACAAAGUAAGAGCUGUAAUUACAUUUCAGAAUAAACGUUGUUGUUCAGUCCA